CCCAAAACCCUAAAAACACAGGGAGCAAUGAAUCCAGUAUCUGCAGACAUGGCGGCAGGGUGCGGAAACUGCGGCUCCAAUAACCGGUGGCUCCUCCAUAACGUUCGGCUCCGGGACAUGUACCGGCGUCUCUGCACGUCAUGCGUGCUGCGGCUGCACCCCUCCUCCUUCUGCCCUUCCUGCUUCACCUUCUACGACUCUGGCCCUCCUCACCCAUCCAAGCGUCUCUCCUGCUCCAAGUGCUCCUCCUUUACCCACUCUCACUGCGCACCCUCCUCCCCCACUCCUUAUCUUUGUCCUCCUUGCAAAGAUUCCAAAUUCUCUUUCUUCGAUGUCAAUGCCCCCAACAACAACAACAGCAACAACCCCAAUUGUCCCGUUCGGUUUAUCGAUAAGAAGCUCGCCGACGCACUGCUCUGCGCCGCCAAAAUCGCCUCGGCGUCCAUGGGAAAGGGCGUAAUCAUAGCUCGCGCUGAAGCAGAGCGCCGUGUGAGGGAAGCGGCGGUGGCGAGGAAACGAGCUAAGGAGGCUCUGGAGAAGAUGUCUUUAAUAUACUCUAAAGAGGGGUGGACGAAGCUUUCUGGGUCAGUCCAUUCGGAGGAGGCGGUGGUGAAGAAAGAUAACGGGAUGAUGAAACACAAGUGUGAGAAUUCGUGCGGUUCUGAGUAUCAGAAUGGAGAUGCAGCACAAGGGUUGCAGGUUGCUCUUGGAAUUAAGCAAGAAGAUGUGAAUUCUAAAUGAUUGAAUUGUUUUGAUUCGCGGACAGCUAGUCCUCUGGCUCUGGGACAAGCUGGUGGGGCGGUAUGGAGAAACAUAUCUCCUGGCAUUGUAUUCCAAUGUUCAUGCUUUGGAUAGUGCCAUCUUGUUCUCUGCAUAGGUGUUCAUAGAUAUAGGAAUUCUCUUCUUGGCUGAACAAUAAGAAAUGUAUUUGAAGUGAUUUGAGUUUUAGGAAUUCUGACAUAGGUAUUUUAUUUUGAUAUUUUCAGGAAUUCUGGGAAAUGUCAUUUGAUUUUAUGUGUUGAAAUAUUUAAGUGCAUCAAAUUUAUAGGAAAUAAAAAUGUUAUCAAA